AUGGGGGAUCCUGGAGCUUUUGUUGUUAAUUGUGCUAUUAAAGAUUGUGGGUUUAGGAAUGCUUUGGCUGACCUCGGAGCCUCUAUGAACAUUAUGCCCUUUCAUGUGAUUAAACGGGUAAAACGGCUCAAGUUGCCUUAUAUUUCUCCCACACCACUCAUGGUUCAGUUAGCCGACGAGACCGUAAGGUGCCCACGAGGGGUGGUGGAGGACGUGCUUGUAAAGAUUGAUGAAAAUUAUGUGCCGGUAGAUUUUGUAGUGCUUGAUGUAGGAGAUUUGGAUGUACCUUUGAUCCUUGGAAGACCUUUCUUGGAAACUUUUCGUGCUCUCAUUGAUGUGAGCACAUGUAAGCUAACAUUGGGAAUAAAUGACGAAGAGCCAAAUGAGAUAGGAAAGCUACAAAAAGAGAGCGUUUGUGUUGCAAAGAAGAAAGUGAAGGCGAAACCUAAAAUCAAGCCAUGGUGGGAGAUCAAAAAGGUGUCUUGGGUACCUAAGUGCCUAAAGACGAAUGGUUUUGAAGGGUUUUGA